AUGAAGACCUCAACAAUCGUGUCGAUAUCAGUAGGCACCGUGGUAACCGGGCUUCUCGCAUAUGCUGUGUACUUCGACUACAGGCGGAGGAAUGACCCUGAGUUUCGCAAGGCUCUCAAGAGAGAAUCACGCAGGCAAGAAAGGUUAGCAAAGGAGGAGGCUGAGGUCCAGGGAAAGCAAAAGCGCGAAGACAUCAAGGCAGCUGUACAAGACGCCAUUGAAGAGGGAUUCCCGACGGACAUUGAGGAGAAGGAGGCGUUCUUCAUGCAACAAAUCGCGCAGGGUGAAGCGCUUGCAGGUGAUGGCUCCGACCCUAUUGGUGCAGCUCUCUGCUUCUACAAGGGCUUGAAAGUCUACCCCGAACCGCAAUCACUGAUCGGCAUCUACGAUAAUACCGUGCCCAAAGACAUCCUCGAGAUCCUUGCCAUCAUGGUGGCCCAAGACAAGAACCUCAAAGUGGGCAAAUUCGGCGCGAGCAGCGAAGCUUCGGACAGCGGCCCUGGCGUUGAAUAG